GGACGGAUGGAAAAUACCGGUCAAGGUGUAAUGCUGAAUAAGGGGAUGUGCUUGUUUUUUUUUUGUUAGGAAGCUUCAAGAGAAAGGUCUGGCAAGAUGUCGCAGGGCGGCGGUGCAUCGGGUGCCCCCAAGAAGGGCUUGACGCUCGAUGACCUCAUAGCGGCUAUUGACAGGCAUGAAAGGAACCCGAGCAAUAUGCCUGAAGUCGAUACCGUCCACUUUUGUGGGGAAAGAGUCUCGGAAUGGCUGGAACGGGUGGAACAAGCUUUGGUCGGACGGUCGGACGUGGUAAAAUUUCAACGCAUUCUUCAGUAUGUCCUCCACAGCUACCACCAGGAAGUGAAGAAAGUCAUAGAUGCGGCCCAAGGUAGCUGGGAGAGGUUCAAGGAGGGGAUGCAGAGGAAAUACCGCCUGGGAGACGGGCCAUUGACUACCGCGGACCUUGAGACGAUGAACAAAGAGGAUUUUACGACGAUAGGGGCCUUUGUUCAAGAAUUUAAGAAGAGGGCGCGGAAGGUCCAUGGGAUUUCGGAGGAAGCAGAGUGCGCCAUCUUCCUGGGGCUACUCACGGCAUCGGAGGCCAUCGAGUUGACGAGGCAUGGAGGAGGUAGCACCAAGCUCACCUGGGCCACCAUUGACAGAGGGGUGGAAGUUGGGUGUUUGAACCAGGUGGAGCAACGUCAGGUACGCCUGCAAAGGCAGAAGAGAAAGGAAAGAGAUCCGACCACUUCUGGGACCCCGGGGGUAACAAUGAUUGUUACAGACGUAUUGGCACAACUGGGGUAUGCGACAGAGCCGGUGGUGCAACGGAGGGUAGUGACGGCUGUCCGAGUGAAAGGAAAGGAGCCGGUGAUAGAGGAGGUUGUUCAAGAAGAACUCUGGGAAGAGGAAGAGUCGGUGCCGCAACACCUGACAAAGGUCCAGUGCAAAGUGCGUAACUUGGCGCAGGGCGGUCAGGGAUCAGGAAAAGCGCAGGAGCCCCAGGAUUUGACAGCAACCCCUUCAAAUGUAGCAGCUCCGUCAUCAAGUACGGGCCCCUCGCAAGGAGGGGUGCCGUCCUACGGACAGUGGCCCCGGCCGGUGAUCAAUGCAAUCGUACCAUGGGGUAGCCCGCCACCAGUAGCCGGACCGCAAACGAGUAUGCCGCCACCCAUCUACCCCGCAGCCCAGGCCCAGCCUGUGGACCCGCCACCGUCACCCGCCCCCAGUUCACAGGGAAGCGUGGCUGGAGGUGGGAACCAGGGGCAGGAAAAUCAAGGCAACGGAGGGAGGGGUGAAGGAAGGGGGCGAGGCAGAAAUGGCGGCGGAAGAGGAAGGCAAUGGAAUGGUCAAGGCCAAGGGAAUCAAGGUCAGGGGUACCAAGGCCAGGGGUACCAAGGUCAAGGGAAUCAAGGCAAGGGGUACCAAGGCCAAGGGUACCAAGGCCAGGGGUAUCAAGGCCAGGGGGAUCAGGGAAGUCAGGGGUAUGGAAGACCCCGUUUUGAUUGGAAGACGGCCAUCUGCCAACAUUAUGACCAUCAAGGCCACACUAUAAGGUUUUGUAAUAUAAGACGGGAAGACGAGAGGAGCAGGCUGAUUUCCUCCACUAUGGAUGGGAACAUCUACGAUCAGUUUGGGGAGACCAUUGACAGAAGGCUUGGAGGAGUGAGGGCGGAAUCCCAACGAAGGGCGGCAGCUGGGCCGCCAUCCCCUGCCACGUUCAGGUUAUGGCAGGAAAAGGAAGAACCACGGAUUGGGAUAGAGGAAGUGGGAAGCGAUGAGGAAGUGACUCAAGGGCCACGAGGAGGAAGUAAAGGGGAAGAGCCCAUAAUCAUUGAGUCAGAUGACGAAAAUGAGGAAUAAAGGAUGGAACCUCCGUCCGUCUUAUUGGGGAAAGUGGAGGACCUGCUGGAUAAGACGGGGAGGUACCAACAGAAGUUGGUGGGCCUCUGUGAGGAAGUGAGGAAAUGGAAGUCUAGCAUCCCCAAGGUGUUCCUCUACGACUCCGGUCCAGAGUCAGCGCUUAGGCGACCCGGAGUAAAUGUGGUGGGAUCGU